AUGUGGCAGCUAUGUUACAGUGUUUCUGAAAGAAACAAACUGAUGGUUUAUCAAAUCAGCGAAAUUGGUGAGCUGUUUCCCAUCCUUCCUCAGGGCUGUGUGUGGCAUCCGAAAAAGGAAAUCUUGGCUGUGCUUACUACGCGGGACACCUCUGUGCUACACUCAGUUCGGAUCAACAACUCCAGAAUAAAAGCAGAUAUUAAAAGCAGUGCGCUCAUCCACUGUGCUUGCUGGACUGAGGAAGGCAACCGCUUGGUGGUUGGGAUAGGCAGUGCCCUCCAUUCCUAUAUUUGGGAUGAUGAACAGAAAACUUUGAAUGCAUGCUCUUUUUGCCCGAUAUUUGACGUGGGAGGCUACAUCUGUGCAAUCGAAGCGACAUUAGGUUCUCAAGUGGCGGUUGCUACCGAACUUCCACUAGAUAAGAUAUGUAGCUUAAACGCGGGCAUUUCGUUUGAAAUGCCAUCUGAGGCUGUCGGAAACUCUGUUCCCUCACAAACUUCCUCGUCGGCCUGCAAAGAAGAGCUCUCUGUAGACAGUGGGAAAAAGUUAACAGACCAAGAAAAACCUGGGUCCAUUGUAACUUCUACAUCUUCGUCGGUGGAUCUAACCCACCUUACUGCAAGCAAGCAGCAGACUGAUAACAAUUCUCUCCUUCAUCUAAGAACUAAGGAUUACUUAACAGGAAGUGGCCAAGAUGCCUCACACCUGAUCUUGGUGACUUUUGAAAGAAAAGUGACAGCUACCAAAAAAGUCAGCAUCUCAGGGAUUCUGGUCCCAGACAUAAUGACUUUUGAUUCUAAAACUCAAACUGUGGCAGUGGCAUCCAACACUUGUAAUAUAAUUUUGGCUUACUCUUUAUCUUCAUCUCACUUGCCUAACAUUCAACAAAUUCAACUGGAGAAAAGUGAAAGGCCAAAGGGAUUGUGUUUCCUGACAGAAAAGCUAUUGCUGAUACUGGUUGGAAAACAGAAAUUAACAGACCCGGCUUUUCUUCCAUCGUCACGCUCGGACAAGUACAUUCUCCGUUUGAUGGUCAAAGAAAUUGUGUGCAAAGAAGACUCUUCUGCCUUUUCAGGGACUACCCAGGUUUGCUUUGCAAACGUACCGGUAAAAAAAGAGGGCAUAGAAAUUCAUUCUUCAGAGCCUCAUGUACUGUGUGAUGGAUUGCUGAUGCCAAGUUGCACAGCGAUCCAGUCUCCUAGAAACAGAAGAAAACUCAUAGAAGAAAUUAAGAGCCCUGCUAAUGAGCAAAGCGUGCUGACCAAUGCAGUUGACUUCCAGGAGAAAAAGAUUUCCAGGGACUUCCCUCAAGUCCUGGGAAGUUUGGAUGCUGAACCAACAAAUCGUUCACUUGUUCUUCAAGGAAUCGAAACCUCUUCAGGAUUGUCAAACGUAUCCAUUUCACCAAACAAGCAUGUGCAUAGUUCUACGGAUAUGUCAAAUUCCUCAAAAACAAACUUGCUGCAAAUUGAAAAAGAACCCUCUUACACCUCUAAGCAUCUGGAAAGGCUGUGCUGCAGGUUUGCAGAAUUGCAGCAUCAGCUUUUUGAACUAACCGAGCUUUUGAAAUCGGGGAAAAAACCUCUGCUGGGAUAUCCAUCUUCGCGUGCUCCCUCUUUUGUUAACAUCACUUAUCAGGUACCUUUCAAACACAAAGUACAUGUAUUCAUGUGCUUUAUUGUUACCAGCUAUGCUUAAAAAUACUAGAAAUCUUGCUUCCUAUCUCUGGAGAGAAGCAACUUUUGUAUAGCAGCAUGGGCUAACACAAACUCACUGAAGGGAGGCAAACUAUUUUACUGUCCAAAACUAGCUGUGUGACACUAAGAGCAUCUAGGGAUGGGAGCCUGUGGCCUUCCAGACAUUGCUGGACUACAACUCCCAUCAUCCCUGGCUAUUGGCUAUGCUGCCUGGGGCUGAUGAGAUUUGGGAGUGUAACAGAUCUGGAGGGCCACAUCCAUAGAGCAACAGCUGGGAAGGAGACCCCUGGAAAUUCUCCACUGGGCUUUCAUCAGUUGAAACUGCUUGGAAUUCUCGUGUGCACAAACAAUGCAUAUCUGUUGCACUGGCCUGCAGAUUCUUGAAUGCAGUCCCAGACUCUGGGCAUCUGUUUGAUUUUGGCAAGUGCUGUCCAAUUUGAGUGCUUCUGCUAAUUACCUGUAAAGGGCAAAUCAGCAAAGAGGUGGCCUGGAUAUAGUUCCCCCACUCCUGGGCCAAGCAGGUGAUCAGCACAGGCUGAGUUGGAACAUUCAGCAAAUUUAGAUGCAUGCAGAUCAGACUUGUUGCUAGGUGCCUGGGAAUGGGGUGAAAUAAGUCUUGAUCACGCUAGUAAAAAGGUAAAGGUACCCCUGCCCGUACGGGCCAGUCGUGUCCGACUCUAGGGUUGUGCGCCCAUCUCACUUAAGAGGCUGGGGGCCAGCGCUGUCCGGAGACACUUCCGGGUCACGUGGGCAGCGUGACGAAGCUGCUCUGAUGAGCCAGCACCAGCGCAGCACAUGGAAAUGCCGUUUACCUUCCCACUAUAAAGCGGUACCUACUUAUCUACUUGCACUUUGACGUGCUUUCGAACUGCUAGGUGGGCAGGAGCUGGGACCGAACGACAGGAGCUCACCCCGCCACGGGGAUUCGAACCGCCGACCAUGCGAUCGGCAAGCCCUAUGCGCUGAGGUUUUACCCACAGCGCCACCCGCGUCCCAAUCACGCUAGUAGUUUGUUCUUAAUUUACAGAAGGAUUGUUCCGGAACUGUUACACCUGAGAAGCGAGCUGUUAUCCUCUGCGAUGGCAAACUUCGUCUAAGUCUAAUUCAGCAGAUUUUCAACCUGACUCUUGUUGAAAUGCAGCAUGGUAAGUUCUGUUUGUCAGAAAUAUGGUAUUUAAUGAAAAUAUUUGAUUGAUCUGGAAGGAAGGCAGUGUGCCAGUGGGAAAACAGUUGUGCCUUUUAUUGUGUGUGUUACAUUUGGUCUAAUUUAGAAUUCAGAAACGGAAGUUGCUUUACAUUUUUGUUUAUAAGAGGUGAGGGUGCCAAAGCCCUUUAUUUUCAGCUAGGGUUUGUGCUUAUUAGAAGAACAUUUGGGCACUCAGAAACCAUUUGGGAAAUCAGAGAAGGAAUACUGAUUUCUUCUGCAUAACUUUUAUCUUCUGUGUCAUUUCUCACAAUAUCACCUAUGCUUUAGAGUAAUGUUUACAGUUAUACCUUGGGUUACAGAUGCUUCAGGUUGCGUUUUUUCGGGUUAUGGACGCGCCAAAACCCGGAAGUACCGGAACUGGUUACUUCCGGAUUUCAGCGGUCGUACAUGCGCAGAAGCGCCGAAUCGCAAACCCGUGUGUGCGCAGACGCGCCACUGCGGGUUGUGAACACUGCAGGUUGCAAAUGUGUAUCCCGCACGGAUCAUGUCUGCAACCCGAGAGUCCACUGUAUUUCAGUAGAAAGUGUAGAGAUAUUUUUGAGCAUUAGCUCUGCUUUUCCUCAUAGGGAAUUUGAUUUUCAUUACCCUUUUCCAGCUCUACAUCCUUUUUGAGGAGCUAUGACCAGAAUUAUACUCGGCAUCCCAAGUGCAGUUGCCUAAUUGCAGGCAUUUUACAAGUUAACAGCACUAUCAAGGCCCAGUAAAAAAACCGAGUGUGCCCAAUUUAGCAACACCCCGUUCCAUACCCAGUGGCUUCAGCAUGCUUCAUUUGUUGCAAGCUGCUGCAAGAACUCCCAAAUGGCAUUUGGAAUAAUUUAAGAAAAUUGCCACCGUUCCGUUCAAAUAGGCAGUUGCAUUCUUGCUAUCAAUAGUGAUUUUCAGAUUGAUUCCCCUUAUUCAAUUAUGAAAGUAAAUCUUACAAAUUGCAACUUGCCCUAAUUUUCCUUGCACAAUUUCAGGGUGGGUUAUUAACACGUCUACAAUGUGUUACAUAUACUGGCUUGUUAACUGUGCCCACAGAGAUAUUUUGAAAGUCUUGUGCGGUAUUGGCCUUAAGUUGAGUUCAGAUAAAGCAUUAAGUAGAAAGAUUAAAAGUUCACAUGACUGUAAAGCCUCAAUCUUCUCAUGAUGUCACUUGCCGCAUAGUGUUACAUAACCGACAAAUGGAGCUGCCAGUAAGAAUUGCAUUUCUAGCAGUUCCUAAAAUUACGGGUAGUGAAUGACGUUGCCAUGUUGAUAUAAAAUUUGAGAAGUACUGCAUGACUGCUAAAAGGUGACUACACCUGUAAUCCAGGAACAGUUUUACAGUUUGGAACCAAGUUCCUUUGGAAAGGCUGCUUCACGAGGUGCUGGCAGAACUAUCAUUUGGACCUGCCAGUUUUCGCCCUGAUUGUGCUUUCAGGAAGAGGUGGUUUGGGAAAGCUGUUUGCUGCCCUUCCUGACAUCUUUUACAAUAAUGCCCCCCUUGCAUGUCUGCGAGUGUGCCUCCCUGUUUCUCCUGAACUGCUUUGCUGAUGCUGGUAUUAUUCUAUCCAUGCCCUACCCCAACUCAAGCUGGCAUGUACUGUCUGGUUUUACUCCCCUUCCCUAUUUUACCUCCUGCUUUUUAAGCCUGUGACCUGAAAAAAGCAAGCCUCCAAAUGCCUCUUUAAUAAUGAUGAUUAUGAUGAUGAUAUAUUAUUAUUUAUACCCUAAGGGAUGCGGGUGGCGCUGUGAGUUAAACCACAGAGCCUAGGGCUUGCUGAUCAGAAGGUCGGUGGUUCGAAUCACCGCAACGGGGUGAGCUCCCAUUGCUCAGUCCCUGCUCCUGCCAACCUAGCAGUUCGAAAGCACGUCAAAGUGCAAGUAGAUAAAUAGGUACCACUCCGGCGGGAAGGUAAACAGCAUUUCCGUGCGCUGCUCUGGUUUGCCAGAAGCGGCUUAGUCAUGCUGGCCACAUGACCUGGAAGCUGUACGCCGGCUCCAUCAGCCAAUAAAAUGAGAUGAUCGUCGCAACCCCAGAGUCGGCCACGACUGGACCUAAUGGUCAGGGGUCCCUUUACCUUUACUUAUACCCUGCCAUCUGGGGUAUAAAUACUUUGGAAUGGUGUUGGGGGAAAUGGCUGCUUUUAACUGCUUUAGGAAAGCAGAGGCAUGCCAAAUGCUUUUAGUUCUAUCAAGGCUAAGAUCAUCUCCACAGUGUUUCCAUGCACAUUCCAGGAAGAACACCCCACCACAAUCUUUAGGCAGCUCACUAACAUUGCUGUAUCAAUGGGCUGAAACUGAUAUGAAAGGGAGGAGGGCCCUGAACGGUGCAGCUAGGUAGAUAUAGACCUUGGGUUUAACAGUCAUUUCACACCCACCCACCCUCCACCAUUUCAUUCUUUACUUCCAACAUUCCUGCUGUGUUGGAAGAAGGCGGGGGGGGGACCCCAAACCAAAAGCAGUUUGGUUAUCCUGAUUUUUUUUAGAGAAAAAUACUCUUGAGCAUCUGCAGCACUGCAUUUUCAGACUUCGUAAAAUUGUAGUGCCAUCAGGACUACAAGAAAAAAAAUGGGAGUUUGCUUCUGCUGCUCAGCAAGAAACAUCUGAAGUCAUUAGCAGCCAAGCUACAGAACAGUGGGGUCUGUGGCCUUGCUUGACAACAGGAGGGACCCUGGCUAAAGCAUAGAAUCCAACCUUUGUUGCUGCUUAGUUCUCCAGUACUGAGGUGCUACAUGCUUCUCUGUUCACUGGGCUACAAGCUGAACCAAGACAUGGACGGCUGUCAGAGUGGAGUGGUCACCCCCAAUUUCUGUUUGGUUUGCUAGUACUAUCCCUUCCCUUGGGAGUGUUCAUGUCUUACUAGCUUGUACCAGCCAUUCAGAGAGUAUAAUCACUGUAUUGAAAUACCACCAUUCUCAAUGUACAAGGUAGAAUCUGAAUUGCAAGAAUUGUCUGAAUUAAAUGUUUCCAGCCAAGAAUUGCCCGUGUCAUUUUGAUGCACUCAUUUUAAAAGUUGUCUGUGACUUGGAAGUCAUGUCAAGAUGUAUUUCUUGCUGCUUUCUGUGCAUGUAAAAAUUAAUCUAACAUUGCUAGCUAGAAGCAGGAGUUCCAGCUUGGUCCCAUGACCAUGGAUGCCCAGGGCUGUGGGUGCCCUUCAUGGGGAAUUUUGUGGGUGCUCGGGCACCCAGGGCCCUGGGGAGUUGGCACCUAUGGCUAGAAGUGUAUUGCAUAAUACAUAACUGUUGCGUCUGAUACCGUUAAGCUAAAUUCUGAAUUUAGGCCAGCCAGCCAGCUACUGUCAUUUUAUAUUGCAAACAGUGUAACAAAGAUCACUGUUUUUCUAUUAUGCUCUUGAAAAAUUGUAUGUAUCUAAUGUCUUCAACAGGUUUGUCCUGGAUUGUGCUCACUUCAGACAACGAAGGUUUUAUUCCAUUAACAUUUGAUGCCCUGCAGGAGAUAGUCAUAAGGGAUGCCCACUCCAGUGAUAUUGCCAGCUGUAACGAUAGCAGCACUGAUUCUUCCAAAACACUGAAAACUAUCAGUUCCACAGGUGGUGGAUACAGGAAGAUUUCCUCCCAAAGCUUGGAUUGUGAUAACAGUUCUAUGGAAGUAAUGGGAGAACAUUCUUCUCAGUGUCUGGUACAGAGCAAUUCUUCAGGCCAAACCAGUACGGCUUCAUAA